AUGGAGGACGUGAUCUUCGACGGCGCCGGCAGCCGCCGGUCGAUGAGCGUGUCCGAGGUGACGCUGGUGUUCUCCAAUGAGGACGAGCGGCUGCCGAUCGCGUCCGCGGAGGUCGGCGUGAAGCGCCGCCUGUAUCGAUCCGGCGAGAGUCAGUACUUCGUCAACGGCACGCAGAGCCGGCUGCGCGACGUGCGCGAGCUGCUCGCCGAUACCGGCCUGGCCACCUCCGGCUACGCCUCGCUGGAGCAGGGAAAGAUCGACCGCGUCCUCUCGGAUAAACCGGAAGAGCGCCGCGCGGUGUUCGAAGAGGCGGCCGGCAUCCUGUCCUACCGCACCCGCGCUGUCGAAGCCGAACGGGAAUUGAAGCAGGCGGCCGCCAACGUGGCCCAGGUGGAGAACGUCCGGCGCGAGGUGCAACGCCGCCACGAGACGCUGCGCGUGCAGGCGCAGGCGGCGGAGCGCUACCGCUCCCUGCGCGCACAGGCGUUCGAUGUGGAACGCGAUCUGGAGCUGCUGCGUCUGCGUGCGCUGCGGGAGCGCCGGCAGCGUAUCCAGAGCCGGCUGUCCCGCGAGACGGAAACGCGGGACAAGGUCCAGCGCGAGAUCGAUACAGCCGCGGUCAGCACCCGGGAGCAUCGGGCCGAGAUCGAGCGUCUGGAGGGUGAGCGUGCGACCUCUCAGGAACGGUUGUACGAGCUCGCGACGGCAAUGAGCGGGGCCGGCAGCGAGAUCCGGCUCGGCCGCGAGCGCGUGGAUGAGCUGGAAGCCAGCAUGCAUUCGUACCAGAGCCGCGACCACGCGCUCGCGGAUCGCAUCCGCUCCCUGGAGACCGAGGCUGAAACUGUUCGCACCGGAUUGGCCGCAGCCGAACAGGGCGCUGCCGACGCGGAACGCAAAGCGGCUGACGCACGCGGCGAUGCGGCCGCGGUGGGCGCGAAGAUCUCCGAAACGGAGCGGCUCAUCGCUGAUGCCUCCGUUCAGACGGCAUCCCACGAACAGCGCCUGGACGGCUUGCGCGACCGGCUUCGCAAGGUCACGGACGAGAUCGUCACCGAGCUCGAUCAGCGUCUGGGUCAGGGCAUGCAGUCCACCCCGUCGGCCGCGCUCGGCAACGACGUGGCGGAAUCGCUGGCACGGCUUCACCACGACAUCGGCCGACUGGCGGCAUCCGCGACGGGGAUCGCCAAGGAGGAGCUUGCGCGUCGGCUCGGCGAACUGGUGGAGAUGGCCGAGGGGUUGAUGGAGCGGUUCGCGCGCUAUCGCGAGACGACCGGAUCGCUGCUCGAGGAGUUGAUCUCCUCGGAGGGGAUCGUUACCCACAAGCGGGCAAUCGACCGUGACAUGGGGGAGACCCUCUGGGCGAUCGCGGAACUCCGCAAGCAGACCGAGGAGCUGCGACGGAGCAAUCGCGAACGCGCGGAUCGGUUGGGCGAGUUGCGCGAUGCGGUCCAGGAGAGCCAGGUGGCUGCGGCGCGCGCACAGGAACAAGCCGCGUCGUUGCGCAGACAGCUCGUAGCCUCGCAGCGGCAGCUCGACGAGCAGCGGCAGAUCCGCGCGGAUCUGGCCGCGGAGGAGCACCAGACCGCGGAGGCGAUCCGCGCGCUGGCUUCCAGCACCUCCGAUCGCGAACGGGAGAAGGUACUCCUCGACCGGGAGCACGAACGGCUGCAGAAGGAUCUGGGACGCCGGACGGCGCAGGUCGCCACGCAUCGCCGCGAGCUGGAUCGGAUCGACCAGGCCGCGCAGCAGCGUCUCCUGCGCCUGCGGCAGGCGCAGGAGACGCUGGAGCGGGUCCGUGUCGAGCUUGCCGAGGUGGAGGCGGAAGACAAGGCGAUCCGCCAUACCUUCGCGCACACCCACUCCCAGCGCCUGGAGGAGCACUCCGAGCGGCUGGAACGGAUCGAGGCCACGCCGCGUGAGUUGCGCGACCGCCUCGGCCGGCUGCGGGAACGGAUUCGCGGUCUGGGUCAGGUCAACCUGCUCGCACCGGAGGACUUCAAGGAGGUGGCCGAACGUUUCCAGUUCCUGACGGAUCAGCUCGAGGACCUGAGUCAGGCGCGCACGGACCUGGAACGGGUGACCGCCGAAAUUCAGCGCGAGUCGGCCGAGCGGUUCGACGUCUCCUUUCAGGCCAUCGCGGACGCGUUCCGCGACAUCUUCCGCCGGCUCUUCGGCGGCGGUCGCGCCGAAUUGCGGCUCCGCGGGCAGGAGGUGCUGGAGGCCGGCGUCGACAUCCUGGCCCAGCCGCCCGGCCGCAAGCUGGAGAACGUCGGGCUGCUGUCGGGAGGGGAGCGCUCGCUGACGGCGGUGGCGCUGAUGUUCGCCAUGUACUCGGUCAAGCCGUCACCGUUCUGCGUGCUCGACGAGCUGGAUGCCGCGUUGGAUGACGAGAACAUCGGCCGUUUCGUGGGGCUCAUGGAGGAGUUCGCGCACGACUCGCAGUUCCUGAUCGUGACCCACAACAAGCGCACCAUCGCCGCGGCCGCGAACCUGUACGGCGUCACCAUGGAGGAGCCCGGAGUCUCCAAGCUGGUGACCCUGCGCCUGCCCGAGCGCGCGGAGCCCGAGCCGGUACCCGCAUAA